UCAGUACUGAACAUCUGGGAUUGAUCACAGGAUCAUAGACUGGAAAGCAGUCAUCUGGCUUCUAGAAAUACAACUUUCAGUUCCUAUUCCGCAACUUUUUUUUUUUAAAUGAUAAACUAAACUGCAACAGCCAUUUUAAGUCCUCUUAAUAGUUGCAGCCUCAGUAUUUUUAGUAUUUCUCCACACUGGGGCAUCAGACAACUAUUACAUUUCAUUUAAUUCUGGAGUGGCAGUAGUCUUGAGGAUUGCUCUCCAUACAUACACUAUUAAUUCAAUAUUUUUCCCCUUCAAGAUUUUAUUAAACAAUGAUCAUCUUGGGACUUAAUUUUUUAUUAGUUCCAUUCCUUAAAAACAUCAUGGGAGAGGCUCAGUAUGUAAUGCAAGAUGCAGCACUGAUGAACUACAUAGACCGGCGUAUCCUGUCUUUAGAGAACAGACUGGAAAAAUGCAACCAAGACAUACUGGAUUAUGUCGAAGAAUUUCGAGACUUCUCAAAGAUGGUACUGUCACGCCUGUCAGGACUGAACAGUUACAAGACUGAGGUUAAAAGUGAAGUAGAGAAUUUGCUAACAAGAGUUGAACGAGCACAAAGGGACAUUGAUUAUUUUGGAUCUGCGAGAGAUUCUAAUACAUGCAUAGAAGUUGAUGAAGAUCUGGUGAAACAGCAGCUCAUAGAAGCAGCAGAAGAAAAAAGGAAACUUAAAGUCAUGCUUAAUGCAAGUUGUGACCACAUGCUUGCAGGUGUGAAGUCCCUAAAGAUAGUUAAGAAGACUGGAGAUAAGCAUGGUUCUUGGAUGAAAGAUCCUGGCAAAAAGCAUACAAAGAUAUAUUUGCUGAAUGGUCCUGUGAAUAAUGUUAUUUUUGAAUUUGCAAACAUCUUGACAUUCAUGGAAAGCAAUCACACACUAAAAGCUCGCAGAGUUAUCCUGCCAUUUCCCUGGGAAGGGACUGGCCACAUUAUUUAUCAGGGUUUCCUAUUCUAUCACAGACAUGGCUCUUUAAAUGAAAUAGUUAAAUUCAAUAUCCAGAAAAGAAAAAUAGUUGACCAUAUGCUACUGCCAGGAGCUGGAAGGAUUCCUGCCUAUCAGCUUUCUCCAUCAACAAAAAUAGAUCUUGCUAUUGAUGAGCAAGGGCUCUGGGCAAUCCAUGCAGAACCAGAGACUGGAGGAAACCUCGUAAUUACCAAAAUCAACCACAUAACCAUGUCAGUGGAACACACUUGGGAUACAACAUGCAGCAGCAAGGAUGCUGAAGCAGCUUUCAUGGCAUGCAACACGCUUUAUGUUGUGUACAAUUCUCCUAGUGGAGGCACCUCUCGCAUACGAUGUACCUAUGAUGUUUUAGGUGCUGUAAGUACUUAUGAAAUACCAGUAUUGCAUUUUCCAAAACAUCAAGGUAGCCAUUCCACUAUUCAUUAUGACCCCAAGGAAAAGCAGCUCCUUGCAUGGGGUGAUGGAUCCCAGAUUAUUUAUAAGCUUCAGAACCAGCAAAAAGCUUAGAAUCCUAAGCAACUUCUCAAAUACAUUUAAAUAGUGUCAUCUCAGUGAGAAAUUAAUAUAAAUGCACAAUAAUGACCAUGCACUACAACUUUCACUUAUUUCACAUCAAUUAACGCUUACACAUGCCAGUGAUCUUAAAGUAAUGUCUAUUUAAAAAUAUGUAAAGACUCCAUAAAUAGAUAUUAACUCAUGAAUUAGCACCAUAUAAAUAUAUACACAGGCUAGUCUUAAAGAGCAAUGUAAAAAUACAUAUGAGUGUGCACACAUAUACACAAACAUCUGGCAUGUUAUCUUCCUACUCAAACUGUAUUUUCUGCUUCAGUGUCAUGGAAAUCAAUUAAGUCCUUCCUACCCAACCCAUCAUCUUACUGCCUUCAGUAUCCUAGGUGGCUGUAAAACACUUGGAAAGCACUUAAAAUCACAUUGUACCAGAGAAGCUACCUGUAAGAUUUAAUAGCACAGAUUUAUCAUAUCACAAAGCUAAUGAGUACACAUCCUCACAAAUAUAUGGUUUAUUUUUAACAUAUGAUCUUCCUGCACAUUAUAUCAAGGCUAUUUCUAAUCACUGACAUUCUAGCCUAUUUCUACAAAAAUUUCCCAAUUCGUAGUAUGUGUAGCUGCACAGACUUUUGCUCCUGCAAACACAUUAGUUGCAGCUAGAUAUUCCCACUUAUCAGCUUCAGUUUGCCACCUUUUUUUCGUGCAAAUCACUGCUUGUUUGCAGGAGGGAAUGUUCCUAAAUCUAUUUUGAACCAUAUACUGUUUAACUGUUUUACCUAUCAGUAACUGUUUUCUUUCUUCUAGUUGUGAUGUAUUUUCUCAAGAUUGCCAAACACUUUUAUUGUUCAGAGCUAAAUCUUUCUUAUCCUACCUUCUGAUUCCAGCAAAAUAUCUGUACAGAAAGUGUGGACCAGAUGAGCUCAAGUACUGCAAGCGUGUGCACAUCAUUUGCUCAGUCCUGGUUUUGCCAACAACAGAUGAUCUCCAGAUAUACAACUUCAAUUGUUUCAAAAAAUGCAAAAAAGGAAAACAAACCAUACACACACUAGACACUUGAAAAAUGGCAGGUUUUGGCUUUAGAUUUUGGAUUUUAACUGAAUACUCAUUACUGAAAAGUACUUGAAAAAGCAAUCCUCAGUUGUUUCUACAGAAAACCCAUUCUGUUCUUUACACUGAAAGAGCUCAUCUGUUUAAAGACAGCUUACACAGAACAAAAAACAUCAGGGAAUUUUGCAAAGGAGUCCCAGAACACAGCUAAAAGCAAGUGGACUGACAAACUACAACAACAUUGGCCUGAUUUUAGCAAGAGCAAAUAUAUCAUUCUAAACAGCAUUAAUGACUACAGCAUUAAUUCCAUGCUGAACUGUGUCCAUAGACACCACAAGAAGCAAUUAAAGACAUCCCUGGACUUCAAAUAAGGAGGGCUGGCAAUGAUUUGCUGUGUGACCACAGGUGAAAGGCAAAUUACAUUAUUUAGCCUUUUAUUCCUCAUCUGUAAAAUUACACAUGCAAAAUAGACUAUUAAUCACCUCUGCAAUGCUUUGAGAUGCUUACUGUAAAAGGAUGUGUAAUCUUGACGUAACAAAUAAAGGCUUUUGACAUAAAUAUGAA